CUGCACCAAUCAUAUGCCUAUAUGGAGGAGAAGACAUGAAAUGGAUUGAGCAAUUCACUGCAGCAAUAUUAGCACGUGUGAAAGACUUCCCUGAGUUGAAGAUAGAAUUAAUUUAUGUGAGCAAGAGCAAUACGACCGAUCAGGCCAACAAAGCAAUUCUUGAUUUCAUUACUACAAACAAAAUUGGCGAUUAUUGGAAAGCAGAAGAAACAAAAAGUUGGCGAUUUUGGACUAGAUUGGAAAGCAUUUUCACUUCAGGGCUGAAAAAUGGGAAAAAUGCAAAAGAAGACAGCAUAAUGAAAGAUGUGAUGACAUUGCUUAGCUUUAAUGGAACCUGUAAAGGAUGGGCUAUAUUUGGCAAAUUAGGAUCUAAUCAAAAAAUGGCUAAAGCAAUGGGUGAUGUUAUUCUGCAGAGCUUGUCAAAAAUAAUAACAUGGUCUAGCGACUCUUUUCUCGCAGCGCUUAACAACCAAAUUGAACAACUUCUGGCUGACCAACCACACCAUUGCAGCCACAUUGUCCUCCCUGCAACUAAUCUUGAGGUCAAGGAUGAGAUGAUGACAUGUGCAACCUGUGGCCGGAAAAUGAACAAGUACCUGACGUACCAGUGUUGCGUGUAGUAAGCAUGCACUGUGGCGGGAAAACUUCCAGAUGUUCGUUGAGAAUAAUUUUGUUUUUGUGGUUAAUGUAAUGUCUGGGGAGGACUAGACGAGUGUGCUUUUGUUUGUUGUGUAAUAAAAAUUGAUCCCAGGUCAUAUAAUACCUGCAGUUUAUUGUAAUGAACUGUUAAUGGACUUUUUUGGUAUAAUGUAAUAAAAUAUGGAGGAUAUUUCAAGCCUCAUAUCUCUCUUA